AUGUCUACUUUGGUGUAUCGUAACAAAAAUCCAAGGUUAGAAAACUUUUACGGAAGGCAUAGUUAUAGAAAUCUUGAACUUCUUGGUUUAGCACCUAGAACGAAAGGUUGGGAAUUUCAAGCUCCACGAAAAGACUUCUGGAAUAAAGUAGUCUUACAUAGAGAACCUCAUAAUACAACAGGUCUUGUUGUUCAUGCUUCUUCAAAAGUGCUUAUCUCUGCUUCAACUAAAGAAGUUAGCAUCAGAAAACAUUUAUAUAGUUGUAUUGAUGUUUCAGCUGCAGAAAAUGUUGGAAGAGUGUUGGCCUUAAGAUGUCACCAAUGUGGUUUCACGGAGUUAUUUUCAGAAACAAGCGAGUUAGAUAAAGAAAACGAGAGCACCAGAGCUUUCUACGAGUCCUUGGUGAAUGGUGGUAUACAACUGAAGGAGACACCACCUAUUGAAGAGUUGGAGGCCAUUGGGAUAGAUUAUGACAGUAUGUCAGAUGAAGAAAAACGUGCUAUGUAUCCGAGCCUUAUUGAAACACUUCGUACUACACCCGACUGGGAUAACAUCCCUUACCCGUAUUCACUUAGACCUAGAGCAGGAUCAUACAAACUAAAAAGUCGUUAUCAAAUUCUUUCGAAAAUCCGUCAAGGUAUGGUAUGGGAUCCAUAUUACUCGAGAAUGGUGCAUCCACGGAACAAAGCUUAUUGGCAGCACGACUAUGAAGAGUUGCAAAAGAAGAAACUUGAAUCUUUGGGAGACUUAAACAAGAGUGAAGAACCAGUUAAAACAAUUGUUCCAUCUAAGUGGCAAGACGGGGAUUUAACAUGUCUCAUUCUAAAUUAUCGUAUUAUCAUUUUUAAUAUCAUAUUAGCUGUAUGUUGA